AUGACGGAAACCGACAGUACAAAACGACCACUGCAAAUGCCUGAAAAGUUCUUGCCCUACCUUGAGAAGUAUCGUGUUUACUUAAUGAUGAAGGAUAUGGUCAGGAAUAUCAUAAUAUACCUGCCUAAGGAUCAUAUAAAGCAGAUGAAGAUCUUUGCCAACCGCCACAUACACACGAGUGAGGCGUCUCGUAUGAUUUUGCUUGUUGAACCGGGUCUCAAUAUUGAUGUGCACGGCCUGGUGAAGCGUUUGAUAAAAGAUUUUGGUUGCUUCGUUAUAACACGUCGCUGCGUGAUGGAUCGCUAUGAAAAACAUGACGAAUACGAGCCCGGAUGUGUAAACAUAGCAUUGAUGUCGGAAGUCACAAAAGCGUUGACUCUAAAGGAGCCCGUUCCACAAGCUGGAUGGGUGAUGUUUGAUCAUCCCUGCACAUUACGCGAAGCGCGCUACCUCCAACAAGAUGGCGUCCUGCCCACGGUAACCCUGGUGCUGAUGGCGACACCUCCUACGGCACCACCAGCUGCCUGCAAUCACACUCCCCCCAGAAACUUUUUCCAGCAAGACUUUGAAGGUCUCAAGUAUGCGUACAAAGCUACGCUUAAGGAAGUACAUAUUAAUCCUGGUGAUGAUUUGGAUGAGAUACAAACGAAGUGUUUCAACGCGAUUCGCGCGUUUAACGCAGGUCAUCAAGGACCAAAGCAGGGGAUCUGUGCUGUUGGGGCCCCUAGCGUCUACAGAGUGCUGCUCCUUGGGCCCCGGGGUUCCGGCCGAAGUUCCCAGGCACUAGCGCUAGCCAAGCAUUUCGGUUUAGUCUUCUUGCAUUUUGACGCCUUGUUCAGAGAGUAUGCGGCAAAAGACAACGAAAUAGGAGAAAGAAUUCGUAAGUACGGAACUAGCAUCAGCCUCAGAGGAGAUAUCAUUAAUGACCGACUUCUAAAGAAGGAUUGUAUUGACCACGGCUGGGUGAUGAUUGGAUAUCCAACAAACGGGACAGAUUUCGAAAUACUCGAUAAGAUGCCGACUCCUCCGAAUCGCCUAGUGUUUCUGAACGUGGACUUGGAGACGUGUCGGCGUCGGACCCAGAACGAGGGCUUCGACAUAUGCACUGGCAAGAAAGCACCGAUGGGAUCUGGACCAAACGUCGUUCGCCACCCUGAUCACGAUGAAGUGCGGAGAGAAUAUGAGGUACCUACAAAGUGCAUUUACAUCAAAGAGAGGUACCUCUGUACCUAA